AUGGCGUUCUCCGGCGAAUCAGACGCAACGUCGAACCUGCCUCUGUCUUUCGCGAACGAGCCAACAAUGGACGUCAGUGUCUACACCGUUGCCUGGCUCGCGCCUCUCGAGAUCGAGUCCCAGGCCGCUUGCCACAUGCUCGACGAGGUCCACUCGCACAAGCAACCGCCCCUCGCCGACUGCAUAUACAUAGGCGGGAGCAUGGCGGGCCACAACGUGGUCAUCGCCACCUUUAACUACCAACAGGUGUACGGCACCAGGAACGCCGGUGUGAUGGCAUACGAGGUUAAGAGGACGUUCCCAAAUGUAAAGUAUGGCCUUCUCGUGGGCGUGGCGGCAGGGAUCCCUCGCCAUCCGCAAAACGGCGAGUCGCCAGGGCAUAACGACGACAUCCGGCUCGGCGAUGUCGUCGUGGCCUACUCGGAUGACUCGAGCAAAAAUCCUAUACUAGAUUACGACCUUGGGAAACAGCACGGCCACGGCAGACCACUUGAGAUCCUGCAGGGUCGAGAAUCUUCGACACAACAAGGGCACGUUCGUCUCCUGCGCCUCAAGGACCAAGAUACAUUGAAACAGGUGCGUCGUAAUUUUCGAAAGGUCGAGAAUCUUCGACACAACAAGGGCACGUUCGUCUACCCCGGCAGCGACAAGGACCGAUACCAUGUCGAACACCGUGGCGAGACAAUACAGUUAGAACUAGCCCCACGACCUGAUAGGCAACGUUCGCGCGUCUACUAUGGGCCUAUUGGUUCGGCGAGUAAGCUCGUGCGCGACGCUGCCUACAGGGACAAUUUGAGGGACGUCCACGGUGUCCUUGCCUUGGAGAUGGAGGCAGCCGGCAUUGUCGGCCAGUUCAAUGCCGGCGUCAUCCGAGGCAUCUGCGACUACGCGGACAAGCACAAGAACAAGGACUUUCAGCCGUACGCGGCGGCCAUGGCCGCUGCAUAUGCCAGGCUCGUCCUGGCCAAGUUGGACGUCGUUGCACCCGCUUCCAGACCGCAGUCGCCACCGCCUCGGGAGCCUGCCGCUAUCGUUGAGAGAAUCCAUGGGAAGAAACCUGACAGAGCAAAACAGACAUGGAAGCAGAGGUGGUCUGACAGGUGGGACCGUUUUCUCCGGCCCCGGCCCCCAAGGACGAGGUAUUACGAUUCGUUCCAGUCGCCCGACAGGUUCCAGUCGUCCGAGAGGUUCCAGUCGCUGGACGCGUUGAGCGUCACCUCGAGUACAGGAGCUGUCGCAGACGCGUAA